GUGUGACAAAAUGUCAGAAAGAUCAGAUAUUCUUCACUUCAAGUUUGACAACUAUGGAGAUUCCAUGUUACAGAAAAUGAACAAACUGAGGGAAGAAAACAAAUUUUGUGAUGUUGUGGUCCAUAUAGAUGAUGUUGAAGUUCAUGGGCAUAAAAUUGUCUUUGCUGCUGGUUCUCCCUUUCUGAGAGAUCAGUUCCUACUGAAUGACUCCAGAGAUGUGAAAAUCUCCAUCCUGCAGAGUUCAGAGGUGGGCAGGCAGCUGCUGCUCUCCUGCUACAGUGGCAUUCUGGAGUUCCCCGAAAUGGAACUGGUGAACUACCUGACUGCUGCAAGCUUCCUGCAGAUGAGCCACAUCGUGGAGCGAUGCACUCAGGCCCUCUGGAAGUUCAUCAAGCCGAAGCAGCCGCUGGAGAGCAAGGAGUGUGAGCAGCAGAGUGACUCCUCUGAGCUGAAGGAACAUCAGGGAGAUGACGAGUCUCUGCAGCAAGACUCGCCGUGUAUUCAGCCUUCAGAGGACAGCAUGGACAUGGAGGACAGCGACAUUCAGAUCAUCAAGGUGGAGUCCAUCGGGGAGGUGACAGAAGUUAGGAAUAAGAAGGAUCAGAACCAGUUUCUCUCUUCUGAACAAACAGCGCUGCAUUCCUCAGAGCCUCAGCACUUCCUUAUCAACUCCACUGUUGAAAACAGAGCAAGUGAAAUAGAGCAAAACCACCUCCACAACUAUGCUGUUUCGUACGCUGGCGGCGAUAACAUCGUUCUGGCCUCUAAAGAUAUGUUUGGGCCCAACAACCGAGGUAUAGACAAAGGCCUCCAGUGGCACCAUCAGUGCCCAAAGUGCACCAGAGUAUUUCGGCAUCUGGAAAACUAUGCUAAUCACUUAAAGAUGCAUAAACUCUUCAUGUGUCUGCUCUGUGGCAAGACAUUCACUCAGAAGGGCAACCUCCACCGGCACAUGAGAGUGCACGCAGGCAUCAAACCAUUCCAAUGUAAGAUCUGUGGGAAAACGUUCUCUCAGAAAUGUUCCUUACAGGACCACCUGAACCUGCACAGUGGGGACAAACCCCACAAGUGCAACUACUGUGACAUGGUUUUUGCGCAUAAACCUGUUCUGAGGAAACACCUCAAACAGCUACACGGUAAAAAUAGCUUUGACAAUGCCAAUGAAAGAAACGUGCAAGACAUCACGGUGGACUUCGAUUCAUUCACAUGUAGCACUGCUGCAGACAGCAAGGUCUGUCAGCAGGCUGAUGCCAGCCAGGUACUGGAUGCAGGGAAGCUGUCUCAGGCUGUGCUCAGUUUGAGAAAUGAUAGUACCUGUGUCAAUUAAGCAAUUAAAACCUGCCCUGUGUAGGGAUCGUGACUGAGAGGAGCAAACCUUUGGUUUGGGCUCUUCCCCAAACUGGUGGUGUGCCCCGAAAGGCUAUGGAUGGAUGGAUGGCAGGUUGGAUUGCAGAACCUGGCAGAUCCUCAGCCAUUGUUCUUAGUCUUACUUGAUAUUUCCUGUGAAUAGCAAUCCUCCUUCAGGUUUCUGUCUGCGUCUCUACUGUGGAUUAUGGGGUUAAUUGUUUCAUUUCUCUCUGAUUAGGAGACUCCAGACUAACACCUUUUGAAAGACUAUUGCUGUGGGCUGCAAGUAAACCACCUGCUAUACAGUUAGAGGCCUCUGUGUGGCUGGGCAGAUGGAGGAAAGAGCAAAGAGGACAAGUCUGUGAGAUAACCCGAUUGCUGUUUUUUUUAAAAGCACUGGAUAACUGAAAACACUCCAUAUACCUAAAUUUAAACUUACCUCUUAGAGUUACCUUUCUCUGAUCUUACCCCUAGACUCCUGCAGUUGAAAUGAAGUAUUUUUCUGUCACUUUUGUGCCCUUUCUAAACUUAUUUCAAGAAACUUCUGCUGCCAAUCAGUGCUCUCUUAAAAGCUCUCAGGGUUUUUAACCUCAACAUGCAUUAUGAAAAGAUGAAACCCUGAAUGAUUUGGCAGGGUUAGCUGAUCAUUGCAUAGAGCUGUUCAAACCAAGGAUAGAUUGCAGCUCUGGAAUGUGAGAGGCUGCUGCCUGGAGUGCAAGUAUGACCUAUUUCUUAAGCUGUCAUACCUGGGAUUUUUAAAGGGCACUUACCAGUGCAUGUACUGAGACAAGCUAAACACUUCAAAGCUAAAAAUUAUCAUCCACCUUCCCUAAGUUUUGCAUCACAAACCACAACAGCUGUUGGGUUUAGAGCAAAGCUGGAGUGGAGAAAUACUGCCUUUUGACACUGUGAAAAGAAUCUGUUUUAAAAGCUGCAAUAUAUAACAACUCCAUGCUUUUUUGGGUUUUUUUUUGCUUUUUUUUCUUCCCUUAGUUCUUUGUGUGUCUCUCCUUGAUGAAUAAGGGCCACGUGUCAGUUAACUUGAAACAAAAAUACCUGCUAUAAGAAUUUAAA